AUGUUCGAAUCACUACUAAGGGAUUACUUCGAUAAUAACCCACAGAAGGAAUGGUCGAUUAUUAAUGCCCUGCGAUACAUAGAGUCAAAAACCGAACUAUUGUCUUCAGAUACAAUCAAUAUUUUCAAGGAUGAUAUGUAUUCGUUACUACAAAGUUUGAGUGAUAAACGCUAUGUGCACGAGUUUGCCAAGAAGAAGGCGAAGAAAAUUCUGGCAAACUAUGAUAAAUCAUUUUCUUCAGGUGAUAUAAAACGUUUUAUCGAUGAAAUUGAGCUAAAAAAUGAAAAAAAGGAAUUUCAAAUAUCGAUAAGUCGAAGAGUUACAUCCGCAAGUACAUUAAAGGCACUGGAGGAGCAUCGUGAGGACAGAAUAGCAAUCGGAGAUAUGCGCAACGCAGAAAGCACAACAUCAACCGUCGAAUUUGACUCUGAAAGGAAAUAUGAAGAGCUUGCGAAAGAAAUAAUGGAUAGAGAUGAGAAUGGUCAAAUUGUAUCUGAAGCUGCACAAGAGUCAGGUGAUUUCAGUGCGCAAAGUUACGAUCAAGAAGAUCAAGAAACAAAUGGCAACAAGCUUGAUGAAAUUGUUGUAACCAAGAUAUCGGCCUUACUUUUCUCGAACCUUUCUCUUGAAAGAAUUUGGACAAAAGUAAUGGAGCGAUUGAAGAGAGAUGGUUUGCGAGUACAGUCUAUUGAAUCACGAAUUAUAGAUCUUUCAAAUUGGACCAAAGUUGAAUGGAAUAGGAUUUUAAAAGUAUCAGACUACUCGCAAUUAUUUAUCAAAUCAAGAAAGAAGUUGUGCAAAGACAAAAUUGAUGAGAAUGUACGAAAAUUACUUCACAAUGGAACUGGUAAAAUGCAGUCAUUAUCAGACCUAAAAUUAUGGAAAGAUAAGUUUACAAAUUUGGAACCAUCUGAAGAUGCGAAAAUAACUGUUGGUAUUAUUGAGUUUUUCUGUCUCUGUUUACGAAGGGAGAUCAAUAUCUUAACUACAAAACACCGAGAACGGGAUUAUGUUGUUAAGAUUCUUAGUCCAAUAAUUGGAUUUCUAAUUGAAGAAUUCAACAUUGGUACUUUUGAACUUAAUUGGAUUGAAAAGGAUUCUCGUAGUGUUACUCGUCGAAAACGAAAAGCUUUACAUGAAAUGUACACAACACUAGACGCACCAACAAAAAAAGUGGAUUUAAUUAUCCUAUUGCGAAGUUAUCAAAUAGAAUUACUACCUUUGGAAGCUGGAAAUACUGAAGGGCCCAUGGAUGAUACAAAAUUUCGAGAGGAUCAUUCAAAAAUGAAGGUGAUGAUGAAAGAUUUUUUGGAUGCAUUUUGGAGUAGUUUACAUUUUAGAAAAGACGAACUUAAAGAAGUCUAUAUAAUGGGCAUUCAAGUAACGGGCAAUAAAUGGACUAUUCAUUCUCUCACAUAUGAUGAUUCAGUAAACUUUUAUUUUUUCACUGAGAUGGCUACAUUAACAUUACCAACAACACUAUCUGAUAUGGAAGGUCUCUUACCAGGUUUUUUGGAAAACCUUCUUGCACUAAGACAUACUCUAAUAGAUUUAGCUACAAUGAUUCAAAAGAUUGCCCAACAAAAACUUACUACACCAUCUCCACCUUCCUCACCAUUGCAUGAGACAUCAGAUACUCCGUCUAUAAAAAAGCAGAAGACAGAUUCUUUUUCUAUUUUAGACAAUUUAUAUGACUAA